AUGGUGCCCGAUUGCUGUCCGUCGGAGCGUGCCGGCCGGCAGAGCGCGUGUACGUCGUCGGAGGCGCGUCGGCGUCGCCGCGGCGGCAGCACGUCGACCUUCGGGGUGCCGAGCCGCCCCGGCGUGCGGCCGGCCGCGCGGCUGCUCCUGCCGGUGCGGGGCGCCUCCGCCAUGCCGCUGCACCAGCCGCACCUGUCGCCUCGACGUGGGGCCGGCUGCUGCGGCCGCGGCCGCUUGAACGAGGACAACUGCCGCUUCCUGCUGCUGGGCGCCGUGCUGCUGCUCUACCUGCUGGCCGGCGCCGCGCUCUUCCGCUGGGCCGAGCGUGACCACGAGCUGCGGUCGCAGCGCACCUACGCCCACCUGUUCGAGGAUUUCCGGCGCAACCUGACCAUGGGCGGCGCGCCAACCUUGGCCGACCUCGACCGGCUGCUGGACGCGCACUUAAUAGCCAACCGGCUAGGCCUGCUGCACCACCGACCCCAGUGGGACUUCUCGGGCAGCUUCCACUUCUCCUGCACGGUCGUCUCCACCAUCGGCUGGGGAUGGACGGCGCCGCAGACCACUGUCGGCCGGAUCUGCCUCAUCGUUUACGGCAUCCUGGGCUGCGCCGGCGGCAUCCUGUUCUUCAACCUCUUCCUCGAGCGCUUCAUCACGCUGCUCUCGCACGUCAUGCGCGUGUACCACUCGUGGCAGGUGGAGCGGCGGAUGGCGAUGUCGCGUGCACCCUCGCGCCUCUCGCGACCCGACAGCCUCAGCUCGCAGGCUUCGCAGGCCGGCAAGUGGAAGCCGUCGGUGUACUGGGUGCUGCUGUACCUGCUGGUAUGCACCUGUCUCGUGCUGCAGCUCGGCGCCGCGCUCUACCUGAGCAUGGAGCGCUGGGACUACCUGCGCGCGAUCUACUACACGUUCGUCUCGUUCGCGACUAUCGGGUUCGGCGACAUGGUGGCCGGCAUUCGACCCGACCACUUCUACGGCGCCGCUCAGUGGUACGGCGUCGCCAACUUCCUCGUCACGGUCGCCGGCGUGUGCUGCAUGUACUCGCUCUUCAACAUCGUCUCCAUCAUCAUCAAGCAGCUGUUGAACUACGUUAUCGGCCGCGUGGACGGUGUGUGCGCGUCGACAGUGUGGCCGGCGGGCGAGCCGCUGGAGAAGGGACGCCUCGACUCCGGCCGGCCCCGCUCCGGCCGGCUGCCCAGCCUGCCCACGCCUCGCCUCUCCCCCGACCAGCUCAAGUCGACCUCGUCGCGCGACGAACUGGACGCCGAGGGCAUCACCGCCGACCGGUGCGCCGGCCGCGCGCCCGAUAGCAUCAUUUUCACGCGCGAGCUGCUGCAAGCCAACAGGGUGUCGCUGGCCGUGAUGCAGAAGCAGCUGUAUGAGAACGUGCAGCAGUCUCGCGGAGGCUCGGCACUGGCUGCCGGUCGACAGGCUGACAGCGACCUGGACAUGUCCAGCUUCAAUAUCAGCUCGCUCGGCUCGGUGGCCAUCGCGAGCAAAAAGCUUGAGAGCGAGGACUGAGAGAUCGUUUUGGCUUGCUCUUCCAGCGCGAUACGGCGCUGAGCCGGCGCGUGGCAUGACGCGUGAGCCGUGACGCCUGCUUGUUCAGCUGUGACGGCGGGCGAUGCAGUUUUGUGGCGCUGGCAGGAGCGGGAGAGCAGCGCGCGAUAUGACGGCCACCACCACGGCGAACACCGGCGCGGGUCGUGGACGAGUGUGACGCGCUUUGGCCGCUCGACCGAGGCCGCAGCGGGGUGCUUGAUCGCUUCUGUCACCUUAUUCACGCAGACCAGUCGCGCCGCGCCUAUUUUGUCUCCCUCGGUGCCAGUGGGUACUCCCGCAGUCUCGGCUCAUCCCUUUCUCAAUGUCCGAAACACCGGAUAAGAGGGCGGUGCUGCGCGGCAAGCCGUCCAAAACUCACACGGCUGUAAUUACUCGAUUUCUUCGGAUCCCCCUGAAAAAACUUUACACAGUUGUUUGAUAGGGUCAAUCGCAUUAGAUCCAAACUCAGUUCUGAUCUACUGCCCGCGAGUGCCGACAACCAGUUAACUAGAAAACCAUGGCUCAGCACGUACCUAGUGCCUGCCUCACAUGGAUGUGAAGCCGUCCAGUGGUCUGUGACGCUCGGGACAUCGGCCAUACCCUGCUGACGCGUCGGUAGGUCGAGAUGCUGCGAAGGCGGUGGGUCGAGGAUGCAGCGGAGGUCGGUCAAGGUCGCCUCAAGGGCAGCAUAUGUCCGUUCGCCCGCGUGCGCUUACUCUCGACACACCUGUGCUCCACCCACCAGGUCGUGAUGGGUGACGGCGGCGCGCUUCGAUGGGACCGAACGCAGUCACCGAGACCAGCCACACGAGAGGUCAUGUCUUUCAGCUUCGAGCGUUUGGGAGAACGUGCGUGUAUCCGUGAAAAUUCUGUUCUGACACUGAAGACUGGUGUCAGUGAUCGGCUAUGUAAUGCCUUCUCCGCCACCGCGGGAGCGAUGGUGGGCGUUUGAGAAAGGGGAUGAUACUUAGAUGCGACUUUCCAGUCGACAGGAGGAUUAGGUGAACGCCUAUUUGGCUUUGUGACUUCCGCUAAAUCCAAACCAAACACAUGCUUGGAUCUUGA